UACAUGGAUCGGUCGGCUGUGAGAGCCCCAGCAUCCGAGAGUGGAGUGGAAACAGGAAGAGGGGGAGAGGGGAAGAAAGGAGACAGAGAGGAGAGAGGAUCGGGUGAGACAAGGUGGCGAAGAGUGAAAGAGAGGAAAAGGGGAGCAGAGGGGAGUGUGGAACAAAGAGAACAAAGACAAAAAAAAGAGCUUGCGGAGGAUGAGCGUGUCUAUUUAAAGGGAUCCGAGACUGCACGGGUCUGCUGUCUUGCUAUUCUUGACCGGCAGCAUCAUCGAAUUUAGACCAGAGUCUUUCUCCCCCUUUUCUUUCAGUGCUGAUUGCAAGGCUGUUUUUUGCUCUCAGGUGUGAAGUGGAGGGCCUCCCAAACACAGACCAAGACUGGCUGCAUGUAUCACCCAGCAGAGCUGUACUCUGGCCGAAACACAUGGGACUCCUAUCCAGCUGGAGGUCCUAACAGAGGACAAUGGGCUCCUGUAAACGGUCGCCCCUGGAGCCACACACAAAGAUGCCAAGACGGGCGCAAUCAAUCACAUCAUUUACCAUCAAAUCGUCUUUAUAAUAGGGGGGAGAGAACCAUCAACCAUGUCCAGGACAAGGGUAUUUCUAAGGGGCACAGACAGCCUUUACGUCUUUGGGAUGGUAAAGAGCGACCGUUUGAGGCCCAGAACUGGCAUCACAACUCCACACGCUCAUUCCACACCCGAGCGGGCACCAACAACGGUUAUCUAACGGGACCAGGAGAUCGCUACGCGAACUGGGACAACAAUGUUAGCAACUCUGUGCAUGGGGGUCCUCGCCUGCAUCGCAACAACAGAGACCUCCAGUCUCCGCCAGAAAGAUGGGCCCCUUCAGACUGUCACAGGAGCUUUCCAGGCAGAAUGAUAAACAACAGACCAGGACCCUGGAAACGGCCAACCCUCCACCAGCGGCGAGACCACCUGCACCAGCACAGUCCACCUCCACAGCACCCUUUACCCUCUAGGGAAGAGUGUCCGGCCAAGAGGAGAAGGGACUCUGGCCCUGAUCAGUCGUCUCAUCCUGGAACAAGGCAUUUACCUUUACUUGCCCAUGCCCCAUCACCACCUCGCCACUACCGCUGCAACCAAGAUGACUGGAAGCCUCUUAAUGACAGAGGGGGUCCUUGUCACCACACUGACCACAGGACCUCAACAACACAGCAACAGGAAACCUCUAAACUGCGAGCUGGAGGGCAUGGCUUCAGUAACAGUAAUCUAGCAGCUCUAAACCAGAACUGUGGCAGCAGACCACCACAUCAUGGAAGCAGAGGGAAGGUCGACCGGAAAAUCUCGUCUUCACCAGCAGACCACACCCGUGUGCCUUACAGCCACCAAAACCAUCAUUACCACUAUCAACGGCACACAGGCCACCCCAGAGCCCUACAGCACAACCCAUCGCUACACCCUCUUGAGGAAAAGGACUCAAGGAUUUAUCACCACAAACAAAGCACAGAACCUCAGCGCCCUCAUCAAAGGGUGAUUUCAAGGGAUCCAGCCCUCUCCAGGUCUUCUGGUGCAGACUCUCCACCCUAUUCAUCCUUCCUCUGCGGUCCUAAAGAUGGAGGUUCUACUGCCAGCAGUCCACACGCUCCUUCCAGUCCCUCUUCAUACACAGUGGCCAUUGGCAGAAAAGAUCCAUCAAUCAUUCAUCAGUGUAGUCCUGGCCUCAGUGGACAGCAGAAACUCCAGGGAAGUCCUAAUCACUCCCAGAGACCUUGCCUGACAACGACCAUGUCUCUUCCAUCUCAUGCUGGUGUAAAAUCCAGGUUUUCAGACGUCAAAUACAGAAAGACCUCACAGCCCCUCUGCUCACGACAGUCUCCCCACAGCAGAUCAAGGGCAAACAAGCCUGAGAAGGAGUUGGAAGAACACAAAAAAACUGAUAAGCUGAUGAAAAAGGAGAGAAAGGCUGAAGUUCCAAAGACUAACAGAAAGGGUGAAGAAAGAAAAAGGCGGAAGAAAAAAGAGGAGAAAAGGUUGGGCGAGAGAAAAAAGAAGAGGGAUAAAGCAGCAAAAAAGGAAAGAAAGUUAGGUUUGAAAAGUAAAGCCACAGAAAAGGAAAUGUUUACUUCCAUCGGUACUUCCAACUCCUCAGGAGAGGCCAAAAUGAGUAAAAUGGAGACCACAAUUCUGUCCCCAAAGAAUCAAGGCCAGUUACCACCCAAACACAAGCACAGGGAGAGGAGUGAACGAGCGGGGAAGACACACCGGACAUCCACAAAUACUCCUCAUCCCAGCUGCACUUCAACACAGCCAUCCUCAAAAUCUGAAAAUCACAAAAUGCCCAAGAAGAACAGCAAUCCCCCAAAACUCCCUGGCAAGGAACAAUUAAUACAGUCUCUUCCCAGGAACACCAGCCCCAAACAGACCAGCAAGAGGCCUACCAUCGUCUCAUCCCAAUCAGAAGACGGACCAAAAGCAAAGCCCAAUGACACACUCCCCUCCUUGUUAUUUAAAGCCUUAGCACCUCUCACUACAGCAUGUUCUAUUAGCUUAGAGAAACCCAUCCAUGGCAAAGAAGGUGGGCAGGGAGGGGUUCUCAAUGCCCCAGACCUACAGCCUGUUGCCGUGAUGGGAAAUUUGCAGGAAAUGGGAGACAACCUUGCAAAUACUCCUCCUGUUCUCAGCUGGCAGGGCUCUCCAGUAUCAGCUCUGGGAGAAGAUGAGGAGGAGCUAGAGAAGGGAGUGAUAAGUAGACCUGUCCUCCAGCCCAGCCCCACACAGUGCUUUUCUCCUCCUCCUGUCGACAGCGAGAGCAUUGAUGAUAAGAAUAAGGAGCCUUGUGAAGGUGCACAGGCCGAUUAUUCCCACAAUGGCACGGCUGAACUCUGUGAUCUAUCUUGUUCAACAGAAGACGUUGCUGAGAAAGAAAAGGAAGAAGAGGUGGACAGCAGCGGGGAAACUUCUAGCUCUCUUCUUCGUGAGCUUCACCACCAUAAAACAGGCUUGGAUGAUGUCUUUAAGAGCCUGGCCACGUUUCUUGGUAGCCAGAGGGUCCCAUGCAGAGGAGGUCCGUUUGGGGGGCCACCUGCUGGCACCAUUAGAGGAGUGAAGUACUCGUCUUCUCUUGCAUUGGGACCAGAGAUCCAAUGUCACGAGCAUCAAGAUUUCUCCCCCGAAUCAGAUCCCACAGCAUCCUCCAAAACCGGCAAUCAAUCACCAACCCACACUACCUCAGACACAUGUUUGAAAUCCCACAGUCCACCAGAUCUGAGGGAGCCUGUUACGGAUGCCCCGGUGCAGAAAAAACAGGAAGAGAUGGAGAAUGAUACAAAAGAGAAACGAGAGGGUAAGGAUACAGAGUCAUCUCUUUUGAACGGAUCACUGAGUGCAAAGCUGAGACUGACCACAACACAUACAACCCCAUUCACCAGCCUCAUUACUGUCUCUACCAAGGAAGAGAGAGGAAUCAAGGAAGAGACACAACAACACAUUGGGACAGACAGAAAAAGAAAACAAAAGGCUAAGGACAGAGGGAGAGAAGGAGAGCUCAAGAUUAAGAUAAAGGCAGAAGAAGGCAGUGUCAUAUGUCCUAAAAGCAAAGCAAAUGAAAAAAGUGGUUUGGGGGAAAGGGAUGUUUCAUCCUCAGUGCUUGUCAUCUCCAGAAACUCACCCAGACCUCUCAAAGAUAUUACAAAGGGACAGAUUCCUCAGGAAAAUCAAACCCAGCAUGGCAAAGACAUCCAGAGAGAAAAAGUGGACACUGGGAACACUGAGAAAAAGAUAAUAACAGAGGAAAAGGAAGACAUCUGUGAGUUAGAAAAUAAAACGCAAGAUAGAAACACAAAUACCAAGAUCUCUAGCUCAGCGUCAGCCAUAACAAUCAAUACAUCCAAAUUAUGCGCAUCCACACUGGCAAGUAAACCUCCCAGCUCAUUAGCUCCAGUUGACCCACUGAAACUGAAAGCAUUGUCCAUGGGCUUGUCUAAGGAGCUGAAGAUCCUCUUGAUUAAAGUGGAGAGUGCUGGAAGACAAACAUUCAACAUAUCCGAGGUUGAGGAGCAAAGAAUCCCACUUUCCAAGAUCAGCAUCGAAAACACUGCCACUGAUGUGAUCAGAGCUUGCAAGGGGACAAGGGUGAAGGAGAAAUUCAAGGAGUCGUUCCUGCUUCCUGCCUUCUCUGUUAAACCUAGCAUUUCCAUCGAGACUCCCAUUCCGCGGGAAAAGCUUAACCCUCCUACACCAAGCAUCUAUCAGCAGAGAGAGCUGCCUUAUCAUACCUUGUUUCAAGACAUCUACAGGUUUCCAACCUACUGUCAGUAUUUUUCAUUUGUUUUCAAGAUUCAAAAUUUUUUCUUUUGCUGCAUUCAAAUGUUCAUAAUUGCACUGUGUUUUUUUCUGCAGUUGGAGAGCAAAAGGGACGCCUUCUCUCCAGUUCUGCUCCAGUUCUGCACUGAUCCCAAAAAUGCUGUUACUGUCAUCAGAGGCCUUGCUGGCUCUCUCCGCCUUAACCUUGGUCUGUUCUCAACUAAAUCCCUGGUGGAGGCCAACGCGGAGCAUGCAGUGGAAGUGAGGACUCAGGUUCAGCAGCCUGCUGAUGAGAACUGGGAUCCCAGUGGUUCGGCGCAGACAUGGCCCUGCGAAAGCAGCCGCUCACACACCACCAUUGCCAAGUACGCCCAGUACCAGGCCUCCAGCUUCCAGGAGAGCCUGCAGGAGGAGAAGGAGAGUGAGAAUGAAGAAGAAGGAGAGCAGGUCAACUCUUCAGACCCAUCAGCCGGUCUGGCACUAGCCAACAGCAAAGCUGCUCCCGUUUUGUCUGUUAAUCCCACCGGCACACCCAGCUCAGAGAAAACAGUGGGAAAGAUCAUUAAAUUUGGGACAAAUAUUGAUCUCUCUGACCCUAAGAGGUGGAAGCCCCAGCUGCAGGAGCUGCUAAAGCUGCCAGCUUUCAUGCGUGUGGAAUCCAGCAACAACAUGCUCAGUCACGUCGGUCACACCAUCCUGGGCAUGAACACUGUCCAGCUCUACAUGAAGGUGCCAGGCAGCCGCACACCAGGUCAUCAGGAGAACAACAACUUCUGCUCAGUCAACAUCAACAUCGGGCCUGGUGACUGCGAGUGGUUUGCUGUCCAUGAGCACUACUGGGGGGCUAUCAACAAAUUCUGUGAGAAGCAUCAAGUAGACUACCUUACAGGAUCCUGGUGGCCAGUCCUGGAAGACCUCUACAGCUCCAACAUUCCUGUGUACCGCUUCAUUCAGAGGCCGGGAGACCUGGUGUGGAUUAAUGCAGGGACUGUACACUGGGUCCAGGCGGUGGGCUGGUGCAACAACAUCGCCUGGAACGUGGGACCACUCAACUCGUACCAAUAUCAACUCGCCCUGGAGCGUUUUGAGUGGAACGUGGUGAAGAAGGUUAAGUCAAUCGUUCCCAUGAUCCACGUUUCCUGGAAUGUGGCUCGCACCAUCAAGAUCAGCGACCAGGACACCUUCAAGAUGAUCAAACACUGCCUGAUGCAGUCCAUCAAGCACAUCCAGAUUCUGAGAGACCAGCUGGUGGCUGCAGGGAAGAAGAUCUGUUACCAGAGUCGUGUGAAGGACGAGCCAGCCUACUACUGCAAUGAGUGUGACGUGGAGGUGUAUAACCUGCUGUUUGUGACCAGCGAGAACAGCAGUAAGAAGAGCUAUGUGGUGCACUGUGAGGACUGUGCUCGAGCUAAGAGUCCAUUGCUGGCAGGAGUAGUGGUGCUGGAACAGUAUCGGAUAGAAGAGCUGAUGAAAACCUACGACAGCUUCACACUGGCUCCAUCACCCUUUUCAAAGUGAGGACUCCUCCCUGGCGUCUUUCAGCCAUAACCAAAACUCUAAUGGCAGCACAAAAUGUUGUCUUCAAGGCAAUCUAUUCCUGAAAAACACUCUCUGAAUCAGCCAAUCACGUUUACUCAGUAUUGUUUACAUCACACAAUAAGGUAUGGAUACUCAGCGAAUCCAACUCUAGCUCACUGUCUUCCCCAUACCAGCUGCUGAUUGGACGUGUGAUUUGAAAUAGAAUGACUAGACUGGUACUUCUCAUGAAAAGCAUUUCAGAUGUGUACAAAAAAAAAAAAAAGUGAGCACCGCUAGCACUGAAAAUCAGGUUAUAUGUUCAACGGACACUGCUGUGAUUCAAAAGCGUCAAGUAGCCGGUUCUGUGUAUUAAUUCAGGUACUUUUAUGCAAAUUCAGUAGAACUUUUUUACACCAAUCUAGUUAUUCUAUAUGUCCAUGAAUUUGCUGUGAUUCUGUUGUACCAGCAGGGGAAUGGCUUCACAGGAGAAGUAGCUGAUUGUCACAUUUGGCAUCAUAUUGGUUCCUGUUUUUGUUUGGUAUUCAGGUAAACUCUGACAUUUGUAAUUCCUGUCUGUAUACCCUUUGAGGUGCUAUUCCAAUCUUAUUUAUUCUCGUUAGAUACUUAAAAAGUUUUACCAGCCUAGAAGUACACCACAUUGGCCUUGAAAACUGUAUUUAGAGGAGAGGUAAUUAGAGGAUUAAACACCCACAAAUAAGGUUUUAUGUAAGUAUUUAAAAAAAUGAAUCAAAAACUUUUAUCAGUUUCUCUAAAAUACGGGUUUACUAGAGGACUAAUCUGGUUUCAUUCUUAGUUGGAAAGGAAGUAUGCAGAUGGAAAAAUCUAAUUUUUUGUUUUCCAGCUAAGUCCAGCUAAAUAGUUGUUAGUGUGGUUUCUUUGAUACACCCAGAAAACAGACAUAGCGUCGUUUUUUGGGAAAACAAUCCCAGUUUUAUACCUCUUUUGUUGCUAUGUUCUUGUUUCUAGAGGAGAGAGGAAAUAAAUAAUUGUAAAUUGUGAAUGAAUUUAUGGGAUACACAGUGGUGUGCAUAGACGAACCACAGAGGGGGGCAAAGUCGCCAUUGAUGUUUGUGUCGAUGAAGUGCCCAUUCCAGUCUGAUGGCCAAAGAGACACACAAUCAUAAUCUUAUAAUGCAAAAGCCAGUGAGGCCAAACAGAUGAGCAGACUGAAUGGCACCUCAGUGUUCUUAUUUUGCUCCAAACAUCCUUCUGAAAGAGGCUCAGCACCACACACUGCCAGGGGGUUUAGUAUACUGUAUUUCUAAGUUUAACAAGUUGAAGAGCACAUGGAUUGAGACAAGAAAGGCCCAGUAAUCAUCAUCAUCAUGUUCAAAAUAAAAGGCCUCAUUUUGUUGAGGCUACUUUGUCCAACCUUUGGCUUUAAAUGUUGUUAUAGUUCAAGAGAGACAAAACUGAUAGAGCUUCAAAGUGGAGCCUGACCAAUACUACAUUUAUGAGGCCGAUACUGAUAUUGUUUUUAAAAAAAUCUAAUAUAAAUACACCAACCAAUGGGCAUUCUUGUUUUCAAUAAAGACAUUACAUUAACAAUCUUGAUACAGAUGCCUUAGAUUUGUUUUGAAGAAUUAUGACCAAGAUACAUACAUUCAUUUCACAGUGUUAAAAUCAACUUGUCACUGCUCUCUGGUGGACAAACUAUGUAAUGGAGACACUGUUUCUAAAUGGCCUCUAACCUGGUUUGGCAUUUCUGUACUGCAAUUUCUUCUUAUUUCUCAACCGACAUCCACACUGAUACCUGCAAUAAGCUAAUAUCGGCUGAUAUUAUUGGUCUAGCUCUACUUUAAAGUCCAUUCAAAAGCUUUGAUUCCUGCAGAUAGCUUGAUUAUCACUUGCUACACUGGACUCACACGCAGUGAUUUGUUUGCAUAGGUUAGGCCUAUGUUUUAGGAUUUAUAUGGCUGUUCAGCAUCACUGCUCUGUCACCAUUCUAAUAACAUUCAGAUAUAACCCCUACCCUCAUUAGUCUGUGCACACCAUUUACUGUACAUAAUGUAUCUGUUUUCAGGUUUACUAGAAGACUUAUGUAGUUUUGUUUUCAAUCAAAAAUCUAAUUUGUAUAUGGUAAAAUUUGUUCAGUCACUUGUUUUUGUUGUUGCUAUAUUAUAAUACACCCUAAAAAUAUCCCCUUUCACUCUAGUUUAAAUUACUGCAAUGGGAAUUUCUUCCCACUUUUAUACCUCUUUUUGUUGUCAGUUUCUGUUUUUUUGGAUUACAGAGAAAAUGGAAAAUUGUAAAUUGUGACAUUAUUUAUACUGUACAUGGUUGUUUUCUUAUAUAUUUAUUGCAUAUCAAAGGGUACUUCACUUGAUAAGGGGCUACAAGGUAUUUUAACAAUGUAGUAUGGUCAUAAUGUGUGGAUAGGGGAAGUGCAAUCAGAGGGUGGUUUAAUUUUCAUGGUGCUAGACCCCUCCUUGCCUCAAUGCCCCCUCAUUAAACAACAUAUAAUGAUGUAUGAACAGAAGUCAGUGAGACAACUCAAACCAACCGGUUGGUGCUUAGAACCAUUUCAACACAGGUGCUUGUAACAGAAAUGGAAUGAUGUCUUUGUACUGUAUCUAUCAGAUGAAUACGAGAUCUUUUGAAGCGUUUUUUUUCCAUUGUAUGAAAUUCAUUAUCUUGUGAGGCAUUAGUGGUUUUAUGAUGAGCAUUAGCAGUAGUUGUAAUUCUUGACACUUUUGCAGAGACUUUUAGGGAUGUGACUUUUAAUGACGUCAAGGUUUCGUUCUUUUGCGUCUUGUCCUCAUUAUUAGUAUUAUUUGAAGGAUGUAAUAAUGCUCUUUUUCCUCUUGACUUGUUUGAUUUAUGCUGCACUUAUUGUUUCAAAAAGAACUCACAUAGAAGAAAACCUGAGCCAGACCUGUCUUAAAUCCCUCUGUGAUUUUUCUGUGACAUAUUGUAUUGUUGUUCAAGAAAAUAAAAUGUUUUGAUAAAUUAUUCAA